AUGACAGGGGCUGUGCCAAAGGACACCAUCGCUCGAAUUUUUCAGCUAUGUUCUUUCAGUGAUGAAGGCACCAGGAUUACUGAGUCCACACUGGCCCUAAUUGAUGAAUACCUUGAGAUUUUUGUUCGCGAGGCGGUACUUCGGUCGAUUGAAAACAAGGAACGGUUAAAGGACGAAAAUCGCGACCAAUUGGGAAAUCAAUUGGUAUUAACCCACAAAGAUUUAGAAAACAUCUCGGGUCUUCUAUUGCUGGAUAUGUAA